AUGAGACUCCUUGGAGUGCUGGCUCUUUGUCUGAGCUUCCUGCAGGUCACUCGCUCUCAGUUGCUGGUGGACUUGGCCCGUGAUUUUGAGACUUCUUUGCUAAACACCCGAAUUCCUGACACCACUCGCUUUCUGCCCGAAUAUGACUUUAUUAUUGUGGGUGCCGGCAGUGGUGGCUGUGUGCUGGCCAAUCGGUUGAGUGAGAUCACCUCGGCAAGUGUCCUGCUCCUGGAGGCCGGCGAUCAGGAGACCUUCAUCAGCGAUGUUCCAUUGACGGCAGCUCUCACCCAGAUGACCCGCUACAAUUGGGGCUACAAGGCAGAACCCACGGCGAAUGCCUGUCAGGGAUUGAAGGGCGGAGUGUGCAACUGGCCCAAGGGGCGUGGUGUUGGUGGCACCAGUUUGAUCAACUUUAUGCUUUACACACGAGGACAUCGCCGGGACUAUGAUGAAUGGGCGGCAGCCAAUAACUCGGGUUGGUCCUACGACGAGGUGCUGCCUUACUUCAGGAAAUCUGAGAGAAUUGGCAUUCCGGAGUUGUAUAAAUCCCCCUAUCAUGGUCGCAAUGGCCCCCUGGAUGUGCAGUACACGGAUUACAGGUCCAAGUUGCUGAAGGCUUUCCUUAAAUCAGGCAGGGAUAUGGGUUACGACAUCACCGAUCCCAAUGGUGAGCAUCUGAUGGGCUUUGGCAGAUCCCAGGCCACCAUAAGAAAUGGCAGGCGUUGCAGCACCAGCAAGGCUUUCAUCCAACCGGUGGUCCAGAGGAAGAACUUACAUGUCUCCAUGAAGAGUUGGGUCACCAAGUUGAUUAUUGAUCCGAGAACAAAGACAGCCACUGGAGUGGAGUUUACAAAGCAGCGUCAGCGAUUUGUGGUGCGAGCCAGGAAGGAGGUGAUUCUCUCAGCUGGAACCAUAGCCAGUCCCCAGUUGCUGAUGCUUUCGGGAGUGGGUCCAGCGGAUCACCUAAGGGAGCAUAACAUAUCUGUGGUGCAGGAUUUGCCAGUGGGUCACAACCUACAGGAUCACAUAACACUCAAUGGACUUGUCUUUGUGGUCAAUGAUUCCACGGUGAAUGAUGCUAGACUGCUGAAUCCCUCGGACAUCUUUCGGUACAUCUUUGCUGGCCAGGGACCUUAUACUAUUCCUGGAGGAGCUGAGGCUUUUGGUUUUGUUCGGACUCCUAGCUCCAGUUAUGCCAAGGACUAUCCCGACAUGGAGCUGGUCUUGGGCGCUGGUUCCUUGAGCGGCGAUCGCUUUGGCACUAUGCGUAAUCUUCUGGGAAUAACAGAUGAGUUCUAUGACACCAUGUUUGGUGAUUUGCAGAAUAAGGAGACCUUUGGUCUGGUACCAGUACUCCUGCGACCCAAGAGUCGUGGUCGCAUCUCAUUACGUAGCCGCAAUCCCUUCCACUGGCCGAAAAUGGAGCCAAACUUUAUGCAGCAUCCAGAUGAUAUUCGCGCCAUGAUUGAGGGCAUUGAAAUGAUUCUACAGUUGGCCCGAUCCAAGCCAAUGGUCAAGAUGGGCACUCGUUUCCAUGCUCGUCCUUUUCCAGGCUGCCAGCACUUGAAAUUCGCCAGCGAGGAGUAUUGGAGAUGCUGUCUUCGUAGGUAUGGUUCCAGUUUGCAACAUCAGUCUGGAACUUGUAAGAUGGGACCCUCAGAGGAUGCCACCUCCGUGGUGGACUCCCAGCUGAGGGUUCAUGGCAUCCGGGGACUUCGUGUUGUGGAUGCCUCUGUGAUGCCCAAUGUUCCCGCUGGUCACACCAAUGCCAUUGUGAUAAUGAUUGCCGAGAAGGCUUCGGAUAUGAUCAAGGAUGCUUGGAGGAUGAGAACAGCUCCUUUGACUUUCUAA